AUGGAGGGUGAACUAAUGCCAGCGUCCAUGGAUUCUCCAUCUCCAAACAGGCUCCGCUCUGAUUCUGAAGCCGAAUCUGCCGACAAGAUAUUUCUAACUUUCUUUAUUUUUCUUUUGGUGAAACUCAACCCAAAGGAGGAUCGGAUCAGCUGUUUGCCUGAAGACGUUAUAGGCUUUAUAUUGUCUCUUUUGACGUCUAGAGAAGCACAAGCCACUUGUCUUCUUUCCAGAAGAUGGAGGCAUUUGUCUGCAUGUCGGGUCACCAACCUUGACUUCGACCGGCGUGAGUUGUUGGACGAGAUGAAAGAUAACCCCGAGUUGGCAGAAAAGGAGAGGGAGAGAUACGUGGAAUGGGUGGACAAUGCCUUGUAUCCACAAUAUGAAGGAUACCACCUACGUAGAUUUGCAUUAUGCUUCGACUUGAAUAUUUCAUAUCAGUCUCACAUCGAUCGGUGGAUUAUAUUUGCGUUGGCAAAACAAGUUAAAGUUCUCCAACUGAUUUUCGACCCAACAUCUAUGGAGGAUUUAAUGAAUGAUUGUGACCCAAAUCACUUGCCAUAUCUCUUAGGGCGGGAGACACUUAUGGAUGUUGAUGUAGGGUGUUCACAACAGACUUCAUGUCUAAAUAAUUUUGCCUUUAGCCCUUCUAGUUCUUGGCAUGUUGGCUUGAGGUAUCUUGAAGAGCUCACCUUUCAUCGAAUCACUGUAGAGGGAGAACUCAUUGAGCAAUUGCUUGCCAAUUGUCCGGUUCUAGAGCGAUUGACUUUGAACGAUGCUUUUGGUUUGGAUAGGCUGAGAGUUUCUGGCCGAUCAUUGAAGUUGAAAUACUUGCUCAUGACAUGUUGUGCCGAUCUUGAGUGCGUUGAGAUUUUUGACACAAAUCUUGCAUCCUUCACUAUCAUGGGAAUGGAUAUUCCAAUGUGCUUGGACAAGCUCCCCCAUAUGUCUGAGAUGUCUAUUAUAGGAUCUAGCUGGGGGUUUGUGCAUGCAGCCUUGUUUUUUCUUUCGAGUCUUUCUUGUUUGCAGAUUCUCAAACUUGACUAUGUUACUUCACCUGAUGAAAAGUGGCAUAUUGGUCAAUUGCCUAAAUUGCCAAGUGUCAAGCAAUUGAAAGUGAGUGUUCAAGGAUAUGGAGAUGCAACCCUACUUCCAUUCACUCUGGUGAUCGAGGCAUGUCCCUCCUUGCGAAGUUUUGUGUUUGAGUUGAUGCGGCCGUCAGAGAUGCUAUGCAGGCAGAGAGAAUUGAAAAGAGUUGUUAGACCUUCCCAUAUGUACCUAAAGGAGGUUGAAUUUUACAACUAUUAUGGUCGACCUUGUGAUCAUGAACUGGUGAAUUACCUUGUUGAGAAUGCCAUUGCUCUGGAGAAGUUAGUGGUGAAUCCCUGUGAAGAAGCAUAUUUCUCGGAUGGGAUGAAAAGACUGAUGGAACCUAGAGAACGUGCUCUACAACAGCUCAAGGGAAAGUUACCUUCUAGAAUUGAGCUGAUGAUUAAUUAA